CGCAGCAGCUGGUCGGCUGCAGAGGGCUCGGCUUAUAAAUAGCCCCUCGUUGACUUCUCUUUGACAAUUUUUAUUCGGCAAAUGUGUCUUCCUGAAUUCGGAGAGAUUUAAAUACGGCCGUCAAGCCUGUUUUCUUCCACUUGGUAGUGACGCGAAUUGGCAACAACUUGGCAGGCAAGGUGCUCUUCAUCCCUUCCACAUCUCCUUUUUUCUCUACAUCGUGUCCAAUGCUGAAAGAGGCAAAAAUGAAGGCUGAUCUGGAGGCGCCUCUGCCGGCUGGACAGGAAGACUUUGCGAUCCGGUGUCGAGAUGUGUGCCGAUCGUACGGCAAACUGAAGGUCCUCAACAACCUGAACCUGGCUGUGCCACAGGGACAAAUUUAUGGCCUUUUGGGGCCCAGUGGAUGUGGGAAGACCACACUUCUCAAAUGCAUUGUGGGAACUCUGAAGAUCUCACGAGGUCACAUCACUGUGCUGGGGAAGCCGCCUGCGUUUCCUGGCCACGAUAUUCCAGGGAAGAAAGUCGGAUACAUGCCACAGGAAUUGGCGUUGUACAAUGAGUUCACCAUUAGCGACACUCUGACCUUCUUUGGCCGAAUUCACGGCCUGACAUCUAAGGAAACUCAGGCACGCAUGAACUUUCUCAUUGACUUCCUGGAUCUACCUCAGAAGACCAGCCUGGUCCGAAAUCUUAGUGGGGGUCAGCGGCGAAGGGUGUCCCUCGGAGCAGCUUUGCUGCAGAAUCCAGAGCUUCUCAUCCUGGAUGAACCAACAGUGGGAGUAGACCCUGUGCUCAGAUCCAAGAUCUGGCAUCACCUGGUAGAGAUUGUGAAGACGGGAAAAGUCUCUGUUAUUAUCACCACACACUACAUAGAAGAGGCCAGGCAAGCCAAUGUGGUUGGUCUCAUGCGGCACGGCCGGUUGCUGGCUGAAGGUCCCCCAGAUGCCGUCAUGAAGCAGCACUGUGCAACAACCCUGGAGCAUGCCUUCCUGCAGCUGUGUGAGACGUCAGACCAGGUCGGCUCUAAAUGUGAUUCCAGGUCUCCAGAUGGAACAUUAGAGAAAAGCCAGUCAUUUGAGAGUGGGAAAGAUGAGAGUCAGCCAAUUCUUGGAGUCAGAUCUCCACCUGCAGAAGAAAGCCUCAAAUGUUCAGUGGACUGGAAGGUGCGAGCCAGACAUGUGCUGCCAAAGUGGAGGAACAUCGCAGCCCUGAUGAUCAAAACAUUGGUGCGGAUGAAGAGAAUGCCAGGCUCUUUGUGUUUCCAGUUCCUGCUGCCCGUCAUCCAAAUCUCCCUCAUCUGUCUGUGUGUCGGAGGAGAUCCAAAAGGCAUCCAGGUUGCUAUAGUGAACAAUGAGACCUCCCCCUCUGCUUUCAGCCAAUCCUUCCUCUCCUUCCUGGACAACUCGAGUGUACAGCAGGUAAACUUGUCCCACCAAGAAGCUUUUGAGAGAAUCUAUAAUGGGGAGUACUGGGGUGUAAUCGGCUUUGGCAAGAACUUCACCAGCUACCUGACUAAACGGAUGCUCCAGCGGCAGGUCUCUCAGGAGAUAAUCGAUGGAGGAUCAAUACACGUCUGGCUGGACCAGACGAAUCGGCAAAUUGCCCUCAUGGUGCAGAAGAAACUACAUCAGGCCUUUCAGGCCUUUGUGGAUUAUAAGUUGGGUGGUAUGGCAUAUAUGGUUGCCUUGCCAAUAAAGUUUGAGGAGCCAAUCUACGGCAGCCAAAACACAGACUUUACUACAUUUGUGACCCCUGGAGCUGUGCUCAGUAUCACCUUCUACCUGGCCGUGGGUCUGACGGCACUCUCCUUCGUUCUCGAGAGGAAAGAGGGGCUUUUGGACAGAUGCUGGGUUGCAGGCGUGAGCUCUCUGGAGACGAUGCUGGCUCACCUCUUCUCUCAGCUGUUCGUCAUCAGCGUUCAGAUCAUCCUGCUGCUUCUUAUGAUACUGCUCGUCCUCAAGAACCCUAACGAAGGCUCCUUGGUGCUCGUCAUAAUUCUGAUCGUGCUGCAGGGUGUCACAGGCAUCUCAUUCGGCCUCGUCAUCUCAUCUGCAAUCGACGACGAGCAGAGCGCCAACCAGGCCGCUCUGGGUAUCUUCUACCCCAACCUCAUCCUUAGUGGUAUCAUCUGGCCCGUGGAAUGUAUCCCGUAUCCUCUCCGCUACCUUAGCCUGGUCCUUCCUCAGACCUACGCCUCAGAAGCCCUUCGCUGUAUCAUGUACAGAGGCUGGGGUCUGUCUCGGAUGAUGGUGUGGCGAGGCUUCGCUGUUACCUUGGGCUGGAACACUUUCUUCCUCAUCCUGGCAACAGUCAUCCUGAAGCUGCGGACGUGACAGCCUCACCCCACAGAGCCUCCCUCAGAACGGGGGGGUGGAGCUGUCAGGUGAAGCCCUGAAGUCAACGACUCACUUGGGCCUCCUGCAUGUGGAUGGACUGGGGCAACAGCAAGAGGGAAAAGAGAGGGGAGGGGUUCACUGUGGUUUAAUGGUCUGAUGGGUUGAAUGCAUCAGUCUCUCUCCUCCAAAUUAUGUCUCUCUCUCACACACACUUACAAACAUAGACUCUUGGGGUCCCCUAUCCAGCUGCCUGAUCCUGCAACAGUUGCCUUUGCCUGUUUAAAUGCAGGUGUGAAUUUAGGAUUCUGCACACAGAAAUACACAAGGUAGAAAAUAAACAUGCACAAUAUGUUAUCUAAGUAUCGUGUGUGGUCCUUUAGUUUGUUUCACUUCUUUCUGUAGCUUCUUUAAUUCGACACCGUCUGAACGGCCAUGCACCAGCUCAGGGUCACGUUUUAUUAUUUUUGUUUGGCCUUAGUCUUUAAUGCUACUAAAGAUUUUUCUGUAAUACACUUUAUUUUACAUCAAGUGGAGCAGCCCAUUUGGGGGAGGGGGGGGAGUGAAUGUAACUGUUUUUUGUCCUUGCAGUAUGUACAGUCUAUCCUGUGUAUAUUUGCAUUAUACAGAUAAAUCUGUUCAAGUUUAUAUAAAAAAGAAGAAUCUUAGCACAACAGAAGCUUUUUGUCCACAAGAAAAUGUGAAAAUGUUUUCCAAGCAGAGAACCUGAGUGGAGGAUUGUUGCAUAAUGUCGUGGGACUAGUUUUAAAGUGCUGAUUGCAUCAUGUUGCUCAGAAGGUUCUCACCCAUUCAGACUUCCCACAGAAACACCAUCUUCUCUAUCUGCUCGCUUUUAAUGUUUGUGUUCAGCUUUUUGUCCUGUCUGGUUAUGACUUGACAGGAAGUGGUUUCAUCUCACCGUGUUACCAGGUGCUGCAAAAUCGUCACGUAGAGGUGCAUUAUCGCUGUUGACUGUUCAGCCUGAAGGUUUUCUCAUUUUUUUGUGUGCCUGCGUCUCUUUUAGGAGGAGAUUGGUGAUGGGGAAAGUAUUGGUACUGUAUCUGAUUUUUAAUUAUUAUUUCUCUCUACUUUGCUGGACAGAGUGGAGGUUCUUGGACAGAUUUCCUUUCGCUGGUAUAUAGCUGUACUAAUCCAUACAACUAUUUUUUACACAGACAUUUAAUUUGCUCAGACUUUUUAUUAAUCUUUCUUUGAGAAUAAUACAGAUUAAAAGCACACAGGAGUAAUGCUGCUUUGAAUUAAACAUGUUAUGGAAAGUAGGGAGAAAAAAAAGGGAAGAAAAAUCAAAUGAAAAUACAGAAAUAAGGUGUUUAUAGUCAGAAAGCUUGGUUUUCCUUCCUUUUUUAUGUAGAAGUAAACUGCAAUGAAGAAAUUUUAAUCUUGAAUGGACUUUUGGGGAUGUUUUGACAUGCUACAACAGAUACCACUCUUUGUUUUGUGGGGUAUGUUUCCAAUUAGAGGUUAGAAUAAACAAUGACGAAAACAAUUUUAAAACAAGACAUGCCUAUAUCUCACAGGUUGUUUAUUUUUCUGUCUUAAAUCUACAUCAUAGGUGCAUCAUAACCAAAAACCAUGCACAAUAACCUGAUGUGCACCUCCCCAGCAAUGUAAUUAUAUGUCACACUGAUGCAGGCACAGGUGUAAAUGCUGGCAACCACGUCAGCCACUUGUGUACGCUACAUCAUAGUGUCUGCAUAGAUCCACUGCAGAAGAAUAACUUGAGUGUAAACCAGUGAGCUGUCUGCCUUUACCCAUAACAUCAUGUCUUCAAAGGAAUAGUUUGACUUUCCGAUGGCCUAAUAAUAGGGCAAGACUAAACAGUUGGCUUAGCUUAGCGCUAAUACAGGAAAGGGUAAAACAACCUGCCCAAUUUAAAAAA